CCCAAGCACUUGAAACACUUGUCUUGGCUUUUGAAUUCUAAAUGAUUUCGCACUGAAUUCUCGCGCGCAAUGGAGUUUUUUUUAUUUUUAAUUGUAAUGUUGGUGGCAAUGGAGGCUUGCAAUGGAAAGMAAGAAGACAGGCACGAUGAUGACGAUAGUCAACCAAGGAGGUCUUUCCUAUUCAAAAACGCAAAGCAAUUACCGUAUUGCCUUGGAGUAGCAGGCCCCCCAGGACCUCCAGGACCCCCUGGACCAUCAGGGGCACAGGGUGUUGCAGGAAGGGAUGGUCGAGAUGGUCGUGAUUGCCCACCGUGCAACUGUGCCGGUCCAUCAAUGACGCCACAACCACCACCAACAACAACACCACAAGAACCGAUAACAGUCGAGGCUAUCCCAUGUCCAACUACAGACACGUCACAGUCACAUGUCCCACAUCAUUCGUGCAGUCAUCAUCAUCAUCAAAGUCAUCACCAUCAUAACGCUCCCGUAGAGGCACCAUGUAGUGGCCUGGGUUCUAAAUCUCAACCUGCUUUAUCAUGUGAUGCCAUCUUGAAGGCCAAUCAUCUUGCAAAGUCUGGCUCGUACUGGCUGUCGGGAGUACCAUCUUACAAGACAUACUGUGAAAUGGUCAGUUCYCAUUGYUCAAACACGGCGUACACCGGUGGUUGGACGCUAGUUGCGCGCGCGGCAGGAUUAUCGCCAGAUUUUGCUCCUAACAGUCCGUCAUGGUAUGACGAACGUGUCAUAAACCCUCACACAUCGGCUGACCUGCAGAACCCUUCGUCCAUGAAGAACGCUGGCUGGUUUAGGAUUCCYAAUAGUGUCAUGAAAGUGUGUUUUAGCGGRCCUAACAGCAACUGUGCAACGUUCACUCACAACAAAGGUGUCAGUCURUCUACUUUGUUUGCAACAAUGUUUGCUGUCCAGACUACUGAAGCUUUCACGUUUGAACGAUUGAUGUAUUCGUUUGGAAAGCAUUUGGACCUUGGACAUCUUAAAACGGAAUGGUGUGGACUCAACCUCGGAAACAUAUGUAAUCUCGAAGCUAACCCGAACACAAAUCCAGGCACACAUAUUGUACGGAUAGGAUGUAUCGGAGACACGAGUAUUCCCCGAAGUACUGAAGGCUGUAAUCCCGACGAUUAUGCGAUUGGUAUUGGAGUAUCAAGCUGCAAUGACGUACAUGGAUGUCAUAAUACGUACGGCAUCACAAAAAGUCUUCAUUUUAGCGCUUACAAGAACCAUUUUGGUGAUUAUGCCCAAACUGCCUACAUAUACGUGAAAUAAGGACAAUGUCACGUGAUGACGUGGCCCUGUACCUUGAGUACAAGAUCACUUGUGGUCACGACAGGGAGAAACCAAUCAUGCUGGAACAUCGUCCGCUUUCGAUGUUUUUUGCUUGUGUUUUUUAAUAGUUAGGAGAUCGCUUGUGCGAUGGCCUUUAGUUGUGCACUGUAUAUAAUGGACUGCACAAUAAUUGAAAUUAUCAGGGAGUUAAGGUGGGGACUAGGGUGUUGAGAAUACAAAGUGUWUUUUUGUCAGUAAAUUGAAUUUGACAUUUCCUUAUCCCAGAACUGAACCCAUAUUUAUCCUGACACGUGUAGAUUUGUCAUUUUUUUAUGAACCAAUCGGCCUUUUGUUAAGUAACCUUCAGCCGUCAGGAUUUCCAACGCACCCGCGAGAGUAUUGCCACAGGAAGCCCAUGCUAAGUAAAUGUAUAAGGGAGUGCAUGUACCAUUAUUGAAAUUAUAGUUUAAUCACUAGCAAAACGUUUGUAAAUUAAAAGCUUAGAAUAAAAGAAAUAAAAUUCACUUAUUGUCGCGCUCAAAAAUAUUGUCAUCAAAGCAUUUUUAAGCGAUUUUCGGACCCUUCUUCUUUCCCCUUUUAUUCUAAGCUUUUAUUUACACAAGGACCAGUUGUGGACUAUAAUCUCAAGCUAUGGAUAUUCUGCCCCUCGAUUCCACGAGUUAAGCUUCAAAAUAUGUGAUGAAGUAUACUUAAUUGAAAGGAUGCAUUUUGGGGAAUCAAUAACAAAACAAAACAAAACAAUUCCUUUGAUAGAGUUGAUUAAUAUUAUUCAAUGAAGAACUGUAGAUAAUAUGUUAUCUUCUAUUGUUGUAUGUAAACUCUAAUUAUCUAAUGUAUUCUAUUAUCAAAUAUUUUCUUGAAAUCAUAAAUGUGUUUCUGUUAAGCAUUACAUGUAACUAAGUGAAUAUUUUCUUCCAAUAAGUGCAUAUUUAAACCCCUACUUAAGUGAUUGUGGGUAUGAAAAUAGAUGCUUUAUAUACUUUAAAAUAUUAUCCAAAAUACUCUGUGCAUAAUAAUGCAAAUACUAAAUAGAAUAAAAAAUAUCCCUUCAAAUAAAUGUGCUGGUUUUAUUUCAACAAAUAGAGUUGAAUCAAGGUCAAUAUGCUGUGAUAGCUGCCUACAGAAACUGGACGUUCCAGAAAAACAAAUAAUGAUUUUUUUUAGUGAUGUUUUUUAAUGAUGUGCCUGGAAUUUCAACUUCUCUAUUUUUUUAUUAAUCAACAAAAAAAUUUUCAGAAGCAGUGGCUCUAUUCACUGAAAGUAGCCCUCCGAGGGGGGCACUAUCACCUUAAUACCUGGUUGACUUUCAACCAAUGAGUGCAGAGGAAAAUUUGUUGUUGAUCUUAUAAAAAUCACAUGGUUAAAGAAAUGUUACUAUUGUAUUUAAAUUUUAGUGCUAAGAAUAAAAUGGAAGAGCUUGCUAGA